UUCAAUAGAUGAUAAUGAAAAUUCAGAAGAAAGAGAAGCAGUUGUCAAAUUUCAAGGUCCUGAAUCACUCCCCAAUGUCUGAUGCAUCUGUCCAUUUUGACUACAAAUCCCCAUCCCCAUUUGACUACGGCACUGAUCAGGAAGAGAAAAUUGAAGACGUUGCUAGUCAAUGCCUGCCCCAGAAGAACCUGUUUGCUGCUGAAGAGGAAGCUGAUACCCUUUUUCCUAGGAAAAUGACAUCCCAUAAUGGGAUGGAGGACAGUGGAGGAGGAGGCACUGGGGUGAAGAAGAAAAGGAAGAAAAAGAACCCAGGGGAGCAGGAGGGUACAGCAAAGGGAAACAAGGACAGGGAACCCAAGCCAAAGAGGAAGCGAGAGCCUAAAGAGCCAAAGGAACCCAGGAAGGCCAGGGAGCCCAAGAAAGCCAGGGAGCCCAAGGAGCCGAAGCAGAAGGAUGGAGCCAAGAAGCCGAGGAAGCCCCGAGAGGCCUCGGGCACCAAGGAGCCCAAAGAGAAGAGAAGUGGCACCGACUCUGCAGCCAGGAUGAAGUCCAGGAAGGCCAGCAAGGAGCAAGGACCAACCCCAGUGGAGAAAAAGAAGAAAGGAAAAAGGAAAAGUGACACGGCAGUGGAAAGUUUAGAGCUGGAUCAGGGCCUGCCGAACUCAUCCCUGCGGAGCCCCGAGGAGUCCACUGAGUCUGCAGACAGCCAGAAACGGCGCUCCGGAAGGCAAGUGAAGCGCAGAAAGUACAACGAGGACCUGGACUUCAAAGUGGUGGACGAUGAUGGUGAAACAAUCGCUGUUCUUGGAGCAGGCCGGACAUCUGCCCUCUCAGCUUCUACCCUGGCUUGGCAGGCGGAGGAGCCUCCGGAGGAUGAUGCAAACAUCAUUGAGAAGAUCCUGGCUUCUAAAACAGUACAAGAGGUUCACCCCGGGGAACCCCCAUUUGACUUGGAGCUAUUCUACGUUAAGUAUAGAAAUUUUUCCUACUUGCAUUGUAAAUGGGCCACCAUGGAAGAGCUCGAGAAGGAUCCGCGCAUUGCACAGAAGAUCAAGAGGUUCAGGAACAAGCAAGCCCAGAUGAAGCACAUUUUUACUGAGCCUGAUGAAGACUUAUUCAACCCUGACUACGUGGAAGUUGACCGCAUAUUGGAGGUGGCCCACACCAAGGACGCAGACACAGGCGAGGAGGUGACACAUUACCUGGUGAAGUGGUGCUCCCUGCCCUACGAAGAAAGCACGUGGGAGCUGGAGGAGGACGUGGACCCCGCCAAAGUGAAAGAGUUCGAGUCUCUGCAAGUUCUCCCCGAAAUGAAGCACUCGAUUCUUAAGGAGCGACCUGCCUCAGACUCCUGGCAGAAACUUGAAAAGUCUCGACAGUAUAAGAACAGCAACCAGCUCCGGGAGUACCAGCUGGAGGGAAUGAACUGGCUUCUUUUUAACUGGUAUAACAGAAAAAACUGUAUUUUAGCUGAUGAAAUGGGCCUUGGGAAAACCAUCCAGUCCAUCACAUUCCUUUCAGAGAUAUUCCUGCGGGGAAUACAUGGCCCUUUCCUCAUCAUCGCCCCUCUCUCGACCAUCACUAACUGGGAGCGGGAGUUCCGGACCUGGACCGAGAUGAAUGCUAUUGUGUACCACGGCAGCCAGAUCAGCAGGCAAAUGAUACAGCAGUAUGAGAUGGUGUACAGGGAUGCACAGGGAAACCCCCUCUCAGGGGUCUUCAAAUUCCAUGUGGUCAUCACAACAUUUGAGAUGAUCCUGGCAGAUUGCCCGGAGCUGAAGAAGAUCCACUGGAGCUGUGUGAUAAUCGAUGAAGCCCACAGACUGAAGAAUAGGAACUGCAAGCUUCUGGAGGGUCUGAAGCUCAUGGCCCUGGAACACAAAGUGCUGCUCACAGGAACGCCCUUGCAGAACUCCGUGGAGGAGCUCUUCAGUCUGCUCAAUUUCCUGGAGCCAUCACAGUUUCCUUCCGAGACUGCUUUCCUCGAGGAGUUUGGAGACCUGAAAACAGAGGAGCAGGUGAAGAAACUACAGUCUAUCCUAAAACCGAUGAUGCUGCGGCGGCUAAAAGACGACGUGGAAAAGAACCUUGCUCCCAAACAAGAGACGAUCAUUGAGGUGGAGCUGACCAACAUCCAGAAAAAGUAUUACCGGGCCAUCUUGGAGAAGAACUUCUCCUUCCUGGCCAAGGGGGCAAAUCAACACAACAUGCCCAAUCUCAUCAAUACCAUGAUGGAGCUGAGGAAGUGCUGUAACCACCCUUACCUGAUCAACGGGGCAGAGGAGAAAAUUUUAGAAGAUUUCCGAAAAACCCACAGCCCCGAUGCUUCUGACUUUCAGCUGCAGGCCAUGAUUCAGGCAGCGGGGAAGCUGGUGCUCAUUGAUAAGCUGCUCCCCAAGCUGAUUGCUGGUGGCCACAAAGUACUCAUCUUCUCCCAGAUGGUGCGCUGCCUUGAUAUCCUGGAAGAUUAUCUCAUCCAGAGAAGAUACACCUAUGAGCGAAUUGAUGGGCGAGUACGGGGAAACCUGCGCCAGGCAGCCAUCGACCGGUUCUGUAAGCCAGACUCAGACCGCUUUGUCUUUCUCCUGUGCACCAGAGCGGGAGGCCUGGGGAUCAAUCUCACAGCUGCUGACACCUGCAUCAUAUUUGAUUCAGACUGGAACCCACAAAAUGACCUGCAGGCUCAGGCCCGAUGUCACCGGAUAGGCCAGAGCAAAGCUGUAAAAGUGUACCGCUUGAUUACUCGGAACUCUUACGAGCGGGAAAUGUUUGACAAGGCCAGCCUGAAGUUGGGUCUGGACAAGGCUGUUCUUCAGGACAUCAACAGAAAGGGCAGCACCAACGGCGUACAACAGCUCUCAAAAAUAGAGGUGGAGGACUUGCUUCGGAAAGGUGCUUAUGGAGCCUUGAUGGAUGAGGAAGAUGAAGGCUCUAAGUUCUGUGAAGAAGACAUUGACCAGAUUCUGCAGAGGAGAACCCAUACCAUCACCAUCCAGUCUGAAGGGAAAGGAUCCACUUUUGCCAAGGCUAGCUUUGUGGCUUCUGGAAAUAGAACAGAUAUUUCCCUAGAUGACCCAAACUUUUGGCAGAAAUGGGCUAAAAUAGCUGAACUGGACACUGAAGCAAAGAAUGAAAAGGAAAGUUUAGUGAUUGACCGGCCUCGGGUGAGGAAGCAGACCAAGCACUACAACUCCUUUGAGGAGGACGAGCUCAUGGAGUUCUCGGAACUAGACAGUGACUCUGAUGAAAGGCCCACGAGAUCCAGGCGCCUGAAUGACAAAACCAGGCGCUACCUCCGAGCCGAGUGCUUCCGGGUAGAGAAGAACCUGCUCAUCUUUGGCUGGGGCCGAUGGAAGGACAUCCUGACCCACGGGCGGUUCAAGUGGCAUCUAAACGAGAAAGACAUGGAGAUGAUCUGCCGGGCCUUGCUGGUGUAUUGCGUCAAGCAUUACAAGGGCGACGAGAAGAUCAAGAGUUUCAUUUGGGAAUUGAUCACACCUACCAAAGAUGGGCAGGCCCAGACCCUCCAGAACCACUCAGGUUUGUCUGCCCCAGUCCCUAGAGGAAGGAAAGGGAAGAAGACUAAGAAUCAGCUGCUGCUCCCAGAAUUAAAGAAUGCUGACUGGCUGGCCACCUGCAACCCCGAGGUCGUCUUGCAUGAUGACGGCUACAAGAAGCACCUCAAACAGCACUGCAACAAGGUACUUUUGCGAGUCCGGAUGUUAUACUACUUAAAAGCUGAAAUCCUGGGAGAAGCAGCUGAUAAAGCAUUUGAAGGAACUCCAGCCAGAGAACUGGAGGUACCUCUGCCCGACAUCGACUAUGUGGAGAUCCCAGUGGAUUGGUGGGAUGCUGAGGCCGAUAAGUCCCUUUUGAUUGGCGUAUUCAAGCACGGCUAUGAGAGGUACAAUGCCAUGCGAGCAGACCCGGCGCUGUGCUUCCUGGAGAAAGUCGGGAUGCCAGAUGAGAAGUCCCUUUCUGCAGAACAGGGUGUCACAGAUGGAACCUCAGAUGUUCCUGAGAGAGCCAAUACAGAUAAAGAAGAUAAUGCUGAAGACAAGCUAGACAGCCUCCCAAAGCAAACGGAGAGUCCCAGUGAUGGAAAUGAUGGCAUUUUGGGUGAAAAGAAGGAGGACAGCCGGGCAGCCCAGGAUGGCUCUGACCCAGACAAAUCGCCCUGGCCAGUUUCCUCUGCACUCACAGCUCGUCUCAGACGCCUGGUCACUGUCUACCAACGCUGCAACCGCAAAGAGACCUGCCGGCCCGAAGCCCUGGGACCAGGUAAUCCAGGAUACUGGGUCCAGGAAGAGAUGUUCAGGAGGACCUCAGAAAUGGACCUCAUCAACAAAGAAACCCAAAAGAGGUGGACUAGGCGAGAACAGGCCGACUUCUACAGGGCAGUGUCUUCCUUUGGUGUUGUCUUUGACCAAGAAAAGAAAACCUUUGACUGGACCCAAUUCCGUGUCAUUUCCCGCUUGGACAAGAAGUCGGAUGAGAGCUUAGAACACUAUUUUUAUAGUUUUGUGGCCAUGUGCCGGAACGUCUGUCGACUGCCUGCGUGGAAAGAUGGCGGGCCCCCAGACCCCGCCAUCUACAUCGAACCCAUCACUGAGGAGCGGGCCGCCCGGACUCUGUACCGCAUCGAGCUCUUACGGAAGGUCCGAGAGCAGGUGCUGAAAUGCCCUCAGCUGCACGAGCGCCUGCAGCUGUGCAGGCCCAGCCUCUACCUCCCUGUCUGGUGGGAAUGUGGGAAGCACGACCGGGACCUGCUCAUUGGCACUGCCAAGCACGGACUGAACCGCACUGACUAUUACAUCAUGAAUGAUCCCCAGCUGACCUUCCUGGAUGCCUACCGGAACUAUGCCCAGCACAAGAGGACCGACAUCCAGGCCCCAGAUAGUCUCUGCUGCCUUUACCAGACCAACUCCAAACUGUACGACUCCCUUGCCUAUUCUCAGCUGGGGAGGACUUCGGAGUCCCUGGUGCAUGAGCCUGAGAAUCUGGUGAAAGCGGAGAGCAGAGAGGAUCCUCCAGCUCCACCCCAGGACAGCUUACCCGACAUCACGUGUGAUAGCUUCCUCUCCAGAGUGCAGGACGUCCUCUCCAUCCACCACGAUGAGAGUGUGCUGCCUGAGCCCUUGGAGAGCACGUCGUAUGGGAAGAAGGGGCUCGGCCAGGUGCCCAGCUCUGCUCAGGAAAGCCCGGUCCGUGGCAGGGCCGAGGCUAGGAGAGACACAAUGGCCCUCUCAGCAAGCCUAGAAGGGGACUGUCAGUCCAGAGACUGCGAGACAGAAAGGGCUUCAGCUCCAUCUUUCCUGGGUCUCCUAGAAGCAGGAGUAGCUCAGAUGAACCAUAAGAAUGGGAAGCAUUUGCUGAUGUCUCUCUCCAAGGCCGGUGAACUCUGCUGCAGUGAAGCAAGGCGGAGACCUGAAGACUUUGGGCAUCUAGAAGCCAAAUGCAUGUCCUCUCCUUCCUUGGAUCAAGGAAAUGAAAGUGGGUUUGUGGAUAUGUGUAACCUCAGCAUCUGUAAUUCUAAAACGAGCCUGUCGGCAGACCAGCAACUCAUCGACUUAUUAGAAAAUAAGAGUUUAGACAGUAAAUUGAUCCUGGGUCAGAGCCACAGUGACGAGGAGGAGGAAGAAGAGGAGGAGGAAGAAAACUUAGACCUAGCAGCAGGUUUAAGGAAGCAGCCAGAGCUUUUGCACCUAAUGGAGCCCACUCUGACUAUCUCCAGGGCACAGAGUCGGGGCUUCCAGGCAGGCGACCCCAAAAUGGACAGCCUGGAGGAGGUGAGCCCGGCCCACCAGCCACAGAGGGCUUUCUCUGUAGCAACCUGUCAGUGCCACUGCAAGCACAUGGAGAGGUGGAAGGCGGCGUGCAUUGAGACCGAGGACCUUGAAGUGGAGAAGUCCCCGGGUUAUGACCUAGAUCUAUAUAAAAGUACAGCCAGUAGUAUGCCAGUGGACACUGAGCCAGCUGCUAGUCCAUCAGAGCCAUUUAAAGGGAGAUCUGAGCUGGUAAAAGAGCCCUGGAAGGAAAGUGCAGAAGGGACAAAAGGCUUCCCCACCUUCCCUCUCGAAGGCAGUGAACUGAAGCCAGAGGACACGGAUUUUGAGACUAAAGAGGAUUAUGACCGAGAGAGACAUGGCCACAGUCAAGGCUACCCCGGGAAAUACUCGGAAGAGGAGAGUAAGAGCUCACCACCAGGCGCAGCAGGAGACACUGGGGAGGACCUGCAGGAGGCGCGGGCUCCCACCAUUGCCCAGCUGCUGCAGGAAAAGACCCUACAUUCCUUCUCUGAGUGGCCGAAGGAUCGUGUGAUAAUUAACCGCCUAGAUAACAUCUGCCACGUGGUGUUGAAGGGGAAGUGGCCCUCCGGCCAACAGUAUGAGCCCUCGGGCCCACUGCCCACCCCUGUGCUGACCAGCAGUGCUGGUUCUCGAAACAGCCUCUCGGAGCCAGAAGCGUCAGAGCACAGCUUCAGCAAUGGCCCAUCAUUGGUGGCCCAGAUCCAGAAGGAGAGCUUCCUGGCUCCAGUAUUCACAAAGGAGGAACAGAAGCACAGACAUCCCUAUGAGUUUGAAGUGGAGAGGGAUGCCAAGGCUCGGAGUCUGGACCAGUUCUCUGCCACCCAUGGGCACCCUCCCAUUGUCCUCAAUGGCUGGCAUGGGGAGUCGGCUAUCGACCUCUCUUGCACAUCUGAGGGGUCCCCAGGAGCUACCUCCCCUUUCCCAGUCAGCGCCAGCACCCCUAAGAUUGGGACAAUCAGUUCGCUUCAAGGAGCCCUUGGCAUGGACUUGUCUGGGAUUCUGCAGGCUGGCCUAAUCCACCCAGUGACUGGACAGAUUGUCAAUGGAAGCCUGAGAAGAGAUGAUGCAGCCACGAGGAGGCGGCGAGGGAGACGGAAACAUGUGGAAGAGGGGAUGGACCUCAUUUUUCUGAAGGAGCAAACACUGCAUGCAGGAAUCUUGGAAGUGCACGAAGAUGCAGGGCAGGCUUCCCUGAGCACCACACACCCUGAAGAGCCAGUGCCUGCUGCCUCGGUGCCCGAAACCGUUGCAGCAACCAGCAGCCAAGCUGAGAAGACCAUUCCUAGCAAGAGUCUGCUCGACUGGCUGAGGCAGCAGUCCGACUACCCCUUAGAAGUUCCCGGCUUUGGGACAAAUUUUUCAGACAAACCAAAGCAGAGGAGGCCACGGUGUAAGGAACCUGGGAAACUAGACAUCAACUCUCCAAGUGGAGAAGAGAGGGUUCCCACCGUCCCCAAGGAGCCAGGACCGAGGAGCUUUCUCCCAGAAAACAAGUUCAAUCACGCCCUGCCUGAACCUGUCCUUCGAGAUGCAGGCCCACGCAGGAGGGGCAGGCGGCCUCGGAACGAGUUGCUGAAAGCUCCCGCAAUAGUGGCAGACUCUGCCUCCGGAAUGGGGCCACUGUUCAUGAACGGACUGAUCGCUGGGAUGGACCUGGUGGGACUUCAGAACAUGAGAAACAUGCCGGGCAUCCCGCUCACUGGGCUGGUGGGAUUUCCGGCUGGCUUUGCCACCAUGCCUACGGGUGAAGAUGUCAAAAGCACCUUGAGCAUGCUGCCCAUGAUGCUGCCAGGAAUGGCCACCGUACCCCAGAUGUUUGGUGUUGGGGGACUCCUCAACACGCCCAUGACGACUGCCUGCACUUCACCCGCCCCAGCAUCUUUACCAAGCACAACGAAAAGUGGUACGCUGGUGUCCGAAAAGACUGCAGAAGACAAGCCAGGGAGCCGUAAUGGAAAAACGGAUGCCUCAGCUGAAGACAAGCCUGGGUCUAGUCCCUUUCCUGAUCAGUCUGAACCUGCAAUAACUCCUAGUAGUCCUGUGGCUUUUAACCCUUUCCUCAUCCCAGGAGUAUCUCCUGGACUCAUCUACCCCUCCAUGUUUCUCUCCCCUGGCAUGGGCAUGGCUCUGCCCACCAUGCAGCAGGCCAGACACUCCGACCUCGUAGGUCUGGAAAGCCAGAAGAGGAAGAAGAAGAAAGCAAAAGGAGACAGCACACACCCCAACCCCGAGCCCGCCCCCGGCUCUGAGAGGGAGCCCGGCAGCGACCAGAACUGCUCGGAGGUCAGUGCCCCUUGGCCCCCAGACAGAGAACAUAUGGCGCAGGCCGGGGAUGGGGGACCCAAAGACUCCAACCACAACACCAAUUAGAGCUUUUUUCAUUGGGGAAAAAAUUGUGACUUGUAAGUUUCUUCUCCCAUAAAGGUUUGUUAUCUCUCCCUCACUCCACCUUCAUGAGAACCUGUGUUUCCAUAAGUAAUAGUCCCCACCUUUUUUCCUGUCUUGAGAACUAUGGUGACAGAUGUGAAUAGUUGCAGGGUCUUGCCACUUUGUUAGCUAAGUGUCAUCUACCUAGUCGAGGAGGCACCGAGUUCUCCUCCUGGUACCCAGCUGUUCAUUCCAGCCAUCGCAGUUAACGCAGUACUUGGUGACACGCCCACCCCACCCCUGUCUCUCCCAAGUUCCUCACUCAGCUGAGAAGAGAUGGCAGCAGGAAGCAGCUGUCCAGGGGGGGUCACCACUGCCAGGCUACAGAACAGAGGCCACGAGCCACUCGCUCUCCUCACUGUGGGCUGUGUUGAAAGGGGAGAAUGGAGCGGGGACACCCAAAAGCACAGAAAAGGGAAGUGCUGGUGUGUAUUUUUGAGUUGAAAUAUUUCCCUAUUUUAUCAUGAUUACUAAAUGAGUAGUAUAGACAGAGUAUAUAACUAAUGGUUGAAGAUACAUAUAUUCAUUUCUUUAUUAAAAACAAAACAAAAAGCAAGAACCUUACUGGUAGUAACAUAAUUGCCCUCUCCCCCUUCAUGGUUUUUCCAGACACCUGCAGCAAGAAGAAAUACUGACUAGGCAUUACUUUUAUAUGUGUAUGUAUACUCCCACCCUCGCCCCCGCCCCCAAGGAGGCGAUACUCGGUGUGAGAAAGAAAGCUUUAGAAAACACCUCGAGUUGGGGGGCAAGCCGAGGGGCUCAUGACCUUGGAAUGGCGCCCUUCGCAGGCCCGCAGAGCCUUGACCCCAGGACCUCUGCAGUCAAGGGCAAAAGAACCCGGGGACCCAGGGGCUUUUAAUUUUGCACUCCCACUGCACCAACAGUUGUAGACCGCUCCAGGAGCCCACCAGACACUAGUCACUUGGCACUCAUGACCUCUGUCUGAGGUUGUCCGACACCUCUGCACGCCCGCUCCCUCGGCCCUGGGCUGCUGAGGCCUCCCACUCUGACCCGCCUCCCAGGCGGCUGAGUUGCCGAUUAACCGUCAUUUUCUAGGAGCCGAGCUGUUGUCCCUCCUUCAGGAGGUCUUCCUUGACAGUGAUGGUUUGCCCCGGAAACUGGCCCCUCUGGGGGGACUCGGGUGUGUGGGAGGGAGGUUAGUAGUGUCAGCUUCACUGUUUUGUUGUCACAAUGUUACUGUAUUUUUCACCUUUUUUUCCUUCCUGUUACGGUUUUGCUAAUUUAUCCGAAGGUCCAAACGUUUGACAUACUCUUUUCAGUUUGCAUUAUUUAUUUAUGAUGCUUCUGUCAUUGUCUUUUAUACAUUUGGGAUUAUAAAUUAUGUAAAUGUCAAAAUGAGCAUCUCAAAGAAGUCUGUUAAAUCGUGAUUGGGGAGGGAGGGAAUGUGGGGAUCAGUUCAGCCCUGCUUUCAGAAAGUGGAGCCCCUGCCCCACCCCACCCCACACCCCCAGCUUUGUGAAUCAGAGACAGAAACCAGAAACAAGCCCACUGGUCACAUAGGAAAGAAUCCCCAUAGCGACUGAAUUCCAUUCCUGCCGUGCCUACAGCACAGAGGGUCUAGGAUGCCAGCGACAGAUUUCUUAGAAAUGCUGCUCUCUCUAUUUAACUAAUGUUCUGUUCAGGUUUGCCUCCAGUGGAAGCAGAAAGGGGUUUUUCAGCUGUUAAAUCCUGAAGAAAAAAAAAAAUCAAUAUAAUUUAUUUAUGUAAAAAAAAAAAUCACUCAACCGAUAUAUUUUUGAACCUUUUAAGUACUAAUUUUCUUUUUAUUAAGUAGGAGGGGGAAAUGUAAUUGCCCUAAAUUCUUAAAAUACAAAUGCUGUAAAAAAUUCCUGUAUCCUGAAAGCCUUACUGCAAAUGAGUAUGAUAGCCGUCCAGCAAUGUCUGGGGUUCCCUUUGUCAUCAUUCUCCUCGUCGUCGUCUUAUGUGGAAAAGCUGCUCUCCCCCCUCCCCCAAGGUUUACCUAGCACCUCCAGUAGGUCACAGGGUUCAACAGAUUUGAUUUGGAAACCCACCAGCAUGCUUACCCCCUUGUUCUGUCUCCUGGAACCUGUACACCAACCUUGUGGGUGUGCGGACGUCUGUUGACUGCUGCUGUGACCACAUCUGCCCGGUGACACUGAACUUGUGGACCAUCUGCUCUUGAGGCCUGAGUGCUGCUUACAGAUACGUGGACAUCUCCAAGAGCAAAGGCCAAACCCACUCCUCUCUAGCAGCUGCAAGCCUCCAUCGAGCUCUGUGUCCGUCACGGCCCAUGUUCCCCAGCCAUCCUCCACCUCAUGUCUUAACGUAAUAAAUUGUCUGUGGUCUUGA